ACGCAAUUUUUGAAAUUAUACCUGUUAAUAACGCGAGAAUCCAAAGAUGUCUGCACUCGGAAUCAAUGGCUUUGGACGCAUCGGUCGCGUGUUUCUUCGCAACUGUCUGAUGCGCAAGGAGGCGAAAGUGCUGGCUAUCAAUGACCCCUCAAUGGACCCCAAGUACCUGGCAUAUAUGCUGCGUUACGACUCCACGCAUGGCAUAUUCAACAAGAAGAUCUCCCUGGAAGGCAACACAAUAGUGGUCGAUGGGAAGAAGAUCAAGCUGCUGAAGGAGUCCGAUCCCAAGAAGCUCAAGUGGGGGGAUCUGGGCGUGAAAACCGUUGUGGACUGCUCGGGCCGCUUCACCACCCUGAAGGCGUGCCAGGUCCAUUUGGAUGGGGGCGCAGAGAAGGUGGUCAUCUCUGCCCCCUCGUCCGAUGCACCGAUGUUCGUGUGCGGCGUGAACCUGCACAAGUAUAAGCCGGACAUGAAGAUCAUAUCGAACGCUUCAUGCACCACCAACUGCCUGGCCCCGCUGGCCAAGGUGGUGAACGACAGGUUCCAAAUUGUUGAGGGUCUGAUGACCACGGUGCAUGCCGCCACGGCCACCCAGAAGAUCAUCGAUGGGCCGAGCAACAAGGCUUGGCGCGAUGGCCGCAGUGGCAUGUGCAACAUCAUACCCGCAUCCACGGGCGCUGCCAAGGCAGUGGCCAAAGUGAUUCCCGCUCUGAACGGGAAGCUCACGGGCAUGGCAUUCCGUGUGCCCACCCCAAAUGUCUCUGUGGUGGAUCUGACCUGUCGCCUGAACAAGCCCGCUAAGCUGGAUGAUAUCAAAAAGGCCGUCAAGUCAGCAGCCGAGGGUGACAUGAAAGGGAUCCUUGGCUACGUGGAGGAGGAGGUCGUCUCCUCCGACUUCAACGGUUCGCGCUUUGCAUCCGUCUUCGAUGCCAAGGCCUGCAUUGCUCUCAACGAUAACUUUGUCAAGCUGAUUGCCUGGUAUGACAAUGAGACGGGCUAUUCGUGUCGUCUCUUCGAUCUCAUUGUGUAUACCCAACUGGCUGACAAGUGCGCAGAGGAGGAGCUGAAGAAGAAAUGCGCAGAGGAGGAGCAGAAGAAAAAGUGCGCCGAGAAAGACAAGGAUCCCUGCAAGAAGAAGUAGGUUUCCAUUUAACUGAAAAGAUUAUAUUUAAAUAGUUUUAUUUUGUUAUGGAAAUGGCCUUUAAAAUAAUUGCAUAUUUUAUUGGAAGAACCAAA